GCUUCAUUUUAGUUAGGGUUCGUGAAGGUACGUUGGGUCAUCCUAAACGUCUCCGUAGUCCGUCCCCGUGGUUAACAUAUUGAAAUUUGAAAAGAGGAGGAGGAAUUGAUUGAGAUAAUUAAGCUAAGUUCCAUUAAUUUCCCCAAAUCUAAAACUUCCGCCGCCUCUCGCUCUCCUUCUCCCUCUCAUCUUCGAAGCACUGCCUCGGCCACCCGGCUCCUCAUCUUCGAAGCCCUGCCUCGGCCACUCGACGCCGUCGUCGGCGCCGCGCCAACCACCUCCAGCCUUUCCCGUUCCGGACUGUGGGAUACGGUCGGCUGAGGUGGGCCGUCGCCGGCGCCACAGCUCCGGCCACUCGAGCAGCCGACGCCGGUGCCGCAAUUCUCUCCUCCGGCCGUGUUUGUUGCGGCCGAGAGCCGUCGCGCGCCCCACGACUGUGCCAUGAGCAACGGCUGUAGCUGUCGCUGUUGACGCUAUUGUUGUGGUCACCAGCAGCUCGACCGACUACGCCACAGCCGGCGGAAACGCCGCCGAAGAAGAAGGAGAAGAGAGAUAACAGGUGUAAAAGUUCAAUCUUCUCUACAGCCGCUCACAUCUGUCACCAUCACUAUUGCCAUCACAAAGAUGAAAUGGGAUCCUGUGAAGGGUUCUGCCAUCAACCCUACCCACUCGGAUUACAUUCAGCUUGAGCCACCAUGCAGCAAGAGCUCUCUUGUGGUUGCUUCAGUUGAUCCUGAUCAACAAUGGACGAUGGAUGAUUUUGUAGCAGGGCUCCAAGCAUUAGAGCUGAAGCUUGGAUUUUCAUCUUCUAAGAUACCAUCACCUCUAAAGCAGCUUGAAAGAGUAUUACUGCAAGAAAGUGAAAUGCACAUGUUGGAUAAGACGAGGUGUGAAAGUGACCAGGUAGCUGGGUGGAGGAUGACUUGUCCUGAUUUUGAUUCAAGUGACUUUGAAGGAUCUGUCGAUGAUUUGUCAUUUGAAACAACUAAAUCUUAUGCCAUGGACAAACAAAACCUUGAAAAAAGCAUCUUUUUGGAGCUUGAACGGCAGAGUCAGCUAAGACUUAAGGAGGAACUUAGGUCCAAGUUAGCAGACUUGGUUGCAUCUCAGAGAAGUGAAAUCAACAGAUCAGCUUCUGCCAUGACCCAGAUUUCAAAAUAUGUAGAAGUAAAACAGGAGAUGGAUAGAAAGCUCGACAGACAAUAUCAAAGAAAAAUUGCUGAAAUGCUUGAUAGUCACUUGUCUGCUGUUCAAAGGGAUCACGAACAAAGAUCCCUAAUUGAAGAAAGGAGAUUAAGGGAUGAUGCUGCUUUUGAAGAAGCCAAAAAAAGGGCCCUUAUUGAAGAAAAACAUCGCCGAGAAAAAGUUAAAGCAGAAGCUGAGGCAAAACUGAAGGCUGCAAAACUGGCUGAAGAAGCAGAAAGGACAACUAUGGAGGCUGCACAAAGAGCAGCCAAAGAAUCUGCUGAAACAGAAACUGUCAGUAUUAGGGAAGCUGCUGCUUCUGAAGAUGCAAGAAAGAAAUCUACGGACGAUGAUAAUACAAAUACAAAGGAUACAACUUCACUUCCAAAAAUGCCAAAAGAGCCACUGCUGACAGAUGGGAUCAAGGUUUUGGCAACUGAUGCUGCACUGAAAGCAGAAAUCAAAAGACUAAAAAUUUAUAAUGAAGUGAUUGAGAACCCUAAUCUUCCUUCUCAGAAGGAACUUGAUAGACGUGGGAGGCAGAUCUCUAAAAUCCUAAAGCAAUUAACUGGAACUGUAGAGAAUGUCAGAACAAAAAAAGAUGCACUUGUUAACAUUCUCUCGACGGAUAUUCCAGGCUGUCCCAGCUCCAUUUCUGCAACUAUGUUUGCAAAACAGGUGAUUGCAUGGUGCGAAGACUCAACUGGAACUUUUGACAGCACUGUUUUUGCAUGUGGGCGUGUCAUUCUUUUAGUUACAUCAAAGAUUCCAGAUGUGAUGGAUUUUCUGGUGGCUGAGUUUCAUAAAGUUUGCAUCUAUACCGUUCCAAAAUAUUUGCAACCAUCAGAUCAAGCAUCACAGAACGAUGACUACUGGAAGAUGAUUGGUUACCAUGAAAAAGAUGGAAAAAUUGAAAGCUCCGAGAGUUACCUGAACCGUGUCCAAUCUUAUAUGAAGCUUUAUGCUGCCAUAAUUCAGACACAGAUUGAGGGUAUCAGAAAUCCUCAUGGCUUAGGGAAAGGAUGGUCGUGGCUUGCGAGGUUUCUGAAUGCCUUGCCCGCAAACAAAUCCACAGCUUAUGCUUUGGAAGCUUUCUUGAAGAUGGCAGGCUUUGCUUUGUACAGGAAAUACAAAUAUCAAUUCAAGAAGAUGCUUGAUGUUAUUUCUCGAAGCUAUUUGCCUGCGGUCAGACUCAAGGAAAAAGGAGAUAGGAAGAUUGUUGAAGUCGUCAAAAAACUAGAACAAUAUUUAGAACAUGAAAUGUUUAGAAAGGAACCUGAUGGAUGGCGUCUCCAUGAUGGCUUGUUGUCAAAGGAGUUGGUGUAACGUUGAACUGUUUUGUAUCAGUCAUUUAACAUUUCAUUGUAACAGCCCAAUUUCAUUCUAGUAUAUUUAUUUUAAUUAUGAGAA